AUGCCUGAGUGGCCCUAUGGUAUCACGCUCAACGCGCUGGCCUCAGUGCUUAGUACAGUCAUGAAAGCCACGAUGGCUUUUAUUUUGACUGAAUGCCUGGCGCAAUUGAAAUGGUCAUGGUUCCGUGGUGGGAACAGGUUAAGUGACCUUGCACUGCUUGACGCUGCGAGUCGUGGAGCCGCGGGGACAUUUAUUGUGCUUUUUCGUUUCUUGCCUCGUCAUCUCGUCACCUUUGGAUGCUUCGUCUUGGUCCUUGCAGUAGCUACGGAUCCAUUCGUACAACAGGUCAUGUCCAUCAAGAUGCGAUCUGUCAAAGCACCAGGCCAAUCUUCCAUCCAAAUUUGCAAUACUACAAUCUACGCAGAUUACGGCGAGGGAGCUGGACCAGGCAUGAACAAACUCCCUCUCACAAGUAUAGGAGCAAUAUAUUCCGGCCUCUCCCAACUCAACGCCCCAGCAGCAAAAGCUCAAUGA